AUGAAAGAAAAAAAUGUCAUCUUUGUCGCAAUAUCAUGUGUAGUAGAAUUUGAUAUGACAGUUAAAAAAGAUGAAGUUAAAAUUCAAGUUGAAGAUACUACAAUUGAGAAAGAUAAUAUUUUUACAUCAGAAGAUAAAGAGCAACAUUUGAAUGGAAAAACUGUCAUCUAUAAAAUACACUUAGAUUCACAUAAAAUAGAUGAAGUAAUUUUUAAAGUAGUUGAAGUUGAAAAAUAUAAAGAAGAAGAAAUCGGUGGAAUUGUUUCUUUUGUUCAUGAUAAACAAACUUAUUUUUUUAUCUUUAAUACUAAUGGUAUCUAUAGAUUUACCAUUGAACUCGAUGAUAAUGAUUUUGAGCAAUUUAACUAUCCAAAAAGAUUUAUAAAAAAAUUAGAAACUUUAUACAGGUCAAAGUCUUGUAUAUUCCAUAUUAACAACUGUAUUUUUGGCAAUUACUUUCAUAUUGAGCAAUACAGAGAAGGUAUUCAAGUUAUGCAAUUAUAUGAUCUAAGAACUAUGCAAAUACAACAAAUUUUUAAUAUAUAUGAAGAAAAAAAAUAUAAUAAAUAUAAUGAUUCGAUAUUAGCUAUUUCAGCAAAUAAGCAAAUGAUUGCUUUUUCUUCUGGAUAUGAAAAAUUAGCUCUUUAUUUAAUAGAAAAUGGUCUGGAAAUUAUUCAUAAACAUUUUAGAAAAGACACCAAAAUAAUUGCUUGCGAAUUUAAGGAUGCUAACAAUUUAAUGAUAAUAGUUAAAAAAGCUAAAUACAAGGAUGCAAAGAUGUUACUUUGGAAUUUAUAUACAAAUAAAUUUCAAAAAUAUGAUAAAUAUAUCGGAGCAGAAGAAGAUGAAGAAAGUAUUUUAUAUAGUGCAAGUAUUCCUUGUAAAUAUGUAUUAGUUGAUGAUUGUGGUAGUGUAUUUUCAGUAUAUGAUAAGUUAUAUCAAAUAGAUAAUAAUGAUAAGGCAAAAGAAGAAAAAGAAAAAGAAAAAGAACCAUGGAUAACUGAUAUAACUGAUAUAACUGAUAAUAAAAAUAAGAUAUGGGUAUAUCUUGAUCAAAAUAAAUCGAUACAGUUAUAUAUUGGAAAGUGUACAGUUCAAGUAUGGCAUCAAAUUAAGCAAAAAGAAAAGUUUAUUCUAGAAUAUAUUUGGGUUAAUGAUGAAAUUUUACAAAUAUUUGACUUAAUUAUUUAUGAAAAUGUAAUUGGAUUUUCUCUUAAAUUAGAAAAUAAUAUUCAUCUUGAAUGGGUAUAUAAUGAUGAUAAUGGUCAUAAGAAUCUAAUGAGACAUGCAUACUAUGCUCUUGAAUAUUUAAAUGAUCAAAAAGAUAAAUUAGUCGGAUAUGAAAAUCAACAUGUAUUUGAAGAAAUUAAGUAUAAUGUUACUCUUAUGAUUUGGAGAUUUAUUAGGAAUUAUCCUGGUAUUUGGAAAUUGUUAGAUAUUCACUAUAAUCUUAUGGCAAGCAUUAUAAUUGGUGGUUCAAAUACUCUCAUUAAAUAUAUUUUAUUUGGUGAUGAUAAUGUUAUAAAUCAUGAAUAUUUACAUAUACCAAGAUUAACUCAAUGGAUAGAUGUUGAAUUAAAUGAUAGACCUAAAAAGAAAUUGGAAAUAUAUAAAGAUAAAAGUGAUUUGCAAAUAGCUAUUGGAUGGAUUUUGAUUGUAACUUAUUUACUUGAAUAUUAUUCAAAAAAUGCAACUAAACAUGAUGGGUGGUUAAUUACUAUUUCAAAAGCAUUACCAGAUUUAUAUAAAUAUAAUUUAGAAUUUUGUGUAAGCGAAUUAUUUUAUAAAAAAUGCAUGGAAGGUAUCGAAAUAUCAAAUAUUAUUGAACACACAGAUAUUAUACCUAAAAAUAUUCAAAUCAUUUUAAAGGCAAAACAAAAGUAUACAGCAUUUAAUCCAAUCUCGAAACUUAUUUCAACAAGUGAGCCGAAAUUUAAUUUUAAAGCUCUAGGAAAGGUUUUAAGGUUAAAAUUAACAAAACUUUACGCAAAAAUUCUUCCAAAUAAUUAUGAAAAUUGUUCUCCAACUGUAAAAAUGGUUCCUUUACAUAAUCUUACUAUUAAUAGUAUACAUGAAAAGAAUAAUGACAAACCCUCACAAUUGCCCCUAUAUCUACAACGAUGUUAUUUAUUAGUUGUUGAAUACAGACAGUUUGAACAUCAUGGUUGGAGAUAUUACUUCAAAUUUUUUAAUUGUUUUGAUUUAGCAUCAGUUGUCUUAGCGGUGGUUGUAAUGUCAGUUCAUGUCACUCCUUCAUUUGAUACUAAAAACGCAUUUGCUAAUGUUGAGACAACUCAAGAAAUAACCAUCGCGAUUUCUUUUACAAUGUUAUUACUGUGGUUUGAAUUUAUUUUGUAUCUUCGGUUAAUAUCAGAACCAGCGAAAUAUAUUUAUAUUAUGCUAAAUAUUAUUAAUGAGACUUGGAUAUUUCUUGCUUUUAUGAUUCUUGUGAUGGCAGGAUUAGCACAUAGUUUUUUACUAUUAUUACAAUAUCCUGAUUUUACAAAUCUUACAGAAUCAACAACAACAUCAUCUACAUUAAUUAUGGAUGAUUCAAACUUUAAAAUUCAAAAUGAUUUUGAUCGAACCGAAGAUAACCCAGCUAAAAAUUUCUUAAACGGUGCAUUUUUACAACAGGAUGCAUGGAGUUUUUGGGCGGUAAAGUUUAUUACUUUCUUUGGUAGUUUUCUUCUAGUAACCAUCUUGCAAAAUAUGUUUAUUGCUUUAAUGGGUGGAGUGUAUUCUAAUGCAUAUGAGAAAGGUCGUGUUGCUUUAUUACGAUUUCGUGCAGAAUCAAUUUCGGAUUAUGAGGCUUUGGAUGAGAUAUAUUUCUAUCCUCCGCCACCAGAACCAAAAUUUAUUUAUUAUAUAGAGCUUAACAAUAAGGUUGUUAAGAAAGGAAAGGAAAAAGAAAUUAGUAUUACUGAGCUUGAUAAUAAAGUUUCUGAGGAAGAAGAAAUUAGUAAUAAUGAUCUUAAUAAUAAGAUUAAUGAAUAUAAUAUUAAAUAUAAUAGCAGGUUUGAUGAGAUUAAUAGUAAGAUUGAUAAAUUACUUAAUCUUAAUCAUUCAGUAAAUUAA